GGGAGGUGGGAGAGACAGAGGGAGAGUGUGCAUACAGCAGCUGUCGGCAUCCCUGUCUCAGGGACUUCUUUGCUGAUUCACAGAGGCAGCCCAGCCCCGGCCUCCCAGCUUACAGCUGCCGCCUGCUUCUCAGACCUGACGGAAUCAGAAGCUACAUAAUAUUCUGCCAUGUGAGUGGCUAUCAUAAUAAAUAACAUUUGAAUAUUUACUAAAUGCCAGAAACUAUGAAUUAACUCCUUGCAACAAAGCUAAGAUGUGCUUAAUGAUCAAUAGUUGGUGCACUGCCUAUCCUCACCUCCCCAUGAGCCUUGGUUUUUAUGCAACCUAUGGUCAUGCAGGGAUGCCCUUAUACCCUCCCACGAUGUCAUGAUUGGCAGGCAGCUGACCAGUUCCAUCAUAGCAGCAGCCUCCGAAGCACCUGCCCCCACCCUCAGGUUAGAGCUGCUGUCACCAGCCCUGCACCUCCUCAAGAUGGUGCUGGGGUUCCCUGCCUAAGCCUAAAGCUGUUGAAUGGGUCUGUUGGUGCCUCUGGACCCCUGGAACCACCAGCCAUGAAUCUGUGUUGGAAUGAAAUCAAAAAGAAGUCUCAUAACCUCCGCGCUCGCCUAGAGGCCUUCUCAGACCACAGUGGAAAGCUUCAGCUCCCUCUUCAAGAGAUUAUUGACUGGCUCAGCCAAAAGGAUGAGGAGUUGUCAGCUCAGCUGCCCCUACAAGGGGAUGUGGCCCUGGUGCAACAAGAGAAGGAGACACAUGCGGCCUUUAUGGAAGAAGUCAAGUCUCGGGGCCCCUACAUCUAUUCUGUGCUGGAGUCAGCUCAGGCCUUCCUGUCCCAGCACCCAUUUGAGGAAUUAGAGGAGCCUCAUUCUGAGAGCAAAGAUACCUCCCCGAAACAGCGAAUCCAGAAUCUCAGCCGCUUUGUAUGGAAGCAGGCGACAGUGGCCAGUGAACUGUGGGAGAAGCUGACAGCCCGCUGUGUGGACCAGCACCGUCAUAUUGAACGGACUCUGGAGCAGCUCUUGGAGAUUCAAGGGGCAAUGGAGGAACUAAGCACUACUCUGAGCCAAGCCGAAGGAGUCCGAGCCACUUGGGAGCCCAUCGGGGAUCUCUUCAUUGAUUCACUCCCAGAGCACAUCCAGGCUAUUAAGUUGUUCAAAGAAGAAUUCUCCCCCAUGAAAGAUGGAGUAAAGUUGGUGAAUGAUCUGGCCCACCAGCUUGCCAUUUCUGAUGUGCACUUGUCAAUGGAGAAUUCCCAUGCCCUGGAACAGAUCAAUGUCCGAUGGAAACAACUACAGGCGUCAGUUAGUGAGAGGCUUAAGCAGCUCCAGGAUGCCCACCGGGACUUUGGGCCUGGGUCACAGCACUUUCUCUCCUCCUCUGUCCAGGUUCCCUGGGAAAGAGCAAUUUCACCCAAUAAAGUUCCCUACUACAUCAACCACCAGGCUCAGACCACAUGCUGGGACCAUCCCAAGAUGACAGAGUUAUACCAAACCCUAGCUGAUCUGAACAACAUUAAGUUCUCAGCUUAUCGCACUGCCAUGAAGCUCCGCAGAGUCCAGAAAGCCCUACGCUUGGACCUGGUAACUUUAACCACAGCCCUGGAAAUCUUCAAUGAGCAUGAUCUGCAGGCCAGUGAGCACGUGAUGGAUGUGGUGGAGGUCAUUCACUGCCUGACUGCCUUAUAUGAACGUUUGGAGGAGGAAAGAGGCAUCCUGGUCAACGUGCCACUCUGUGUGGACAUGAGCCUCAAUUGGCUCCUCAAUGUUUUUGAUAGUGGUCGCAGUGGAAAGAUGCGGGCAUUGUCUUUUAAGACUGGCAUUGCAUGCUUGUGUGGCACGGAAGUGAAGGAAAAACUUCAGUACCUCUUCAGCCAAGUGGCCAACUCAGGCAGCCAGUGUGACCAGCGCCAUCUUGGUGUCCUGCUUCAUGAGGCCAUUCAGGUGCCCCGUCAGCUGGGUGAAGUGGCAGCCUUUGGGGGCAGCAACGUGGAACCCAGUGUCCGUAGUUGCUUCCGUUUUAGCACUGGGAAGCCAGUCAUUGAAGUGUCCCAGUUCCUGGAGUGGGUCAACCUGGAGCCCCAGUCCAUGGUGUGGCUGGCUGUUCUGCAUCGGGUCACCAUUGCUGAGCAAGUGAAACAUCAGACCAAGUGCUCUAUCUGUAGGCAGUGCCCCAUCAAGGGGUUCAGGUACCGGAGUCUGAAGCAAUUCAACGUUGACAUCUGCCAGACCUGCUUCUUGACAGGCAGGGCCAGCAAAGGCAAUAAGCUGCACUACCCCAUCAUGGAGUAUUACACACCGACCACAUCCAGUGAGAACAUGAGGGACUUUGCCACCACCUUAAAGAACAAAUUCCGCUCCAAGCAUUAUUUCAGCAAACACCCUCAACGAGGUUAUCUGCCUGUGCAAUCAGUGCUGGAGGCUGACUACAGUGAGACGCCGGCUUCUUCCCCGAUGUUGCCACAUGCCGACACGCACUCCCGAAUUGAGCAUUUUGCCAGCAGGCUUGCUGAGAUGGAAAGUCAAAAUUGCUCCUUCUUUAAUGACAGCCUGUCCCCAGAUGACAGCAUAGACGAGGACCAGUACCUGCUGCGGCACUCCAGCCCUAUCACAGACCGGGAACCAGCCUUUGGACAGCAGGCUCCAUGCAGUGUGGCCACAGAAAGCAAGGGGGAGCUACAGAAAAUCCUGGCCCACUUGGAAGAUGAGAACCGGAUUCUCCAGGGAGAGCUGAGGCGCCUGAAGUGGCAGCAUGAGGAGGCUGCUGAGGCACCCACUCUGGCUGACGGCUCCACUGAGGCAGCACCAGACCACCGCAAUGAGGAGCUUCUGGCCGAGGCCCGUAUCCUUCGGCAACACAAGAGCCGCCUGGAGACGCGCAUGCAGAUCCUCGAAGAUCACAACAAGCAGCUAGAGUCCCAGCUGCAGCGUCUGAGGGAGCUUCUCCUGCAGCCACCCACCGAAUCAGAUGGCAGUGGCUCUGCAGGCUCGUCCCUAGCUUCCUCUCCACAGCAGUCAGAAGGCAGUCACCCCCGGGAGAAGGGACAGACAACUCCAGACACCGAGGCUGCAGAUGAUGUGGGGUCAAAGAGCCAGGAUGUCAGCCUGUGCUUGGAGGACAUCAUGGAGAAACUCCGUCAUGCCUUCCCCAGUGUGCGAAGUUCUGAUGUGACUGCCAACACCCUGCUGGCCUCUUGAUGGAGCCAGAUCCCUAUCCUAUAUAGUUCAUUGUCCUCUCCUGGUUCCGGUCAAAGCCUUUCCUCAGCCUUCACCCAACCUUUCCAGUUUUCACUGGCCCCACAUUCCUCAACUAGUAUUAUUUGGGCUCUGGGCAGCAGCAGGGAUCUAUCUGGUGGUAUGUGAGGUGGGUGUGGGCAGUGAUGGGGGAAGGGGAGGCAUGAUUCCUCUGCCUCUAGAAAUGUUCCCUUUAAUCUUCAAGGUUGAGGUCAGUCCUUUAAGUACCUUUCUGUUGCAGCUCAGGCAAAUAUCACUUGGCCAUUCAGAUGGGGAACAGAGAAGCUGCCUUGCAGAGCUAGGCGGUACCCGUUGGCCCCUCUUCCUUCUCCGUGGAAUUAUGGAGAGAGAGAAGCCUAAUUACCCCAAGGUUCCAGCAUUAUGAAUCCACAGGGUUUACCCCUACUCUCUGGC